AUGUGGAACGCGACGCCGCCGGACGCCCCCUGGUGGCCGCGGGCCGCCAACGAGUCGGGCUGGGUGGGCCCCGCGCUGUUCCCCGCGCCGCUGCUGGCGGGCGUGACUGCGGCGUGCGCCGCGCUGCUGGCGGUGGGCACGGCGGGCAACGCGCUGACCGUGCUGGCCGCGUGGCGUUUCCGCGAGCUGCGCACCGCCACGAACCUGCAGCUGUGCAGCUUGGCAGCCGCCGACCUCCUAGUACUACUGGGCAUGCCGCUCGACCUGGCGCGCCUCUGGCACUUUCGGCCGUGGCGGCUGGGCGCGUCGGCCUGCAAGCUCUUCCAGUUCGUGGGCGAGGCCUGCACCUACGCGGCGGCGCUCACGGUCACGGCGCUCAGCGCGCAGCGCUACUGCGCCAUCUGCCGGCCGCUGCGCGCCAGGGCGCUGCUCACACGCGGCCGCGCCAAGGGGCUGCUGCUGGCCGUGUGGGCGCUGGCGGCGAGCGGGGCGGCGCCCGUGCUGCUGCUGGUCGGCGUGGAGCACGAGCCGGGCGCCGACCCCCGCGCCACGGCCGAGUGCCGCGCCACCGACUUCGCCGUGCGCUCGGGGCUGCUGCGCGCCAUGCUCUGGGUGUCGAGCGCCUUCUUCUUCCUGCCGCUGCUCUGCCUGUCGGUGCUCUACGCGCUCGUGGGCCGCACGCUCUGGCGGAGGAGGCGCGGGCGGGCGGGCGCGGCGCUGCGGGGCCGCGGACACGGGCACACGGUCGGCAUGCUCGCUGUGGUGGUGUUUGCUUUCAUCCUCUGCUGGCUGCCCUUCCACGUAGGACGGUAUCUAUUUUUCAAAUCCUUUGAGCCUGGCUCACUGGAGAUUGCCCAGAUCAGUCAGUACUGCAACCUGGUGUCCUUCGUGCUCUUCUAUCUCAGCGCUGCCAUCAACCCCAUUCUCUACAACAUCAUGUCCAAGAGGUACCGGGUGGCGGUGCUCAGACUGCUGGGGUUUGAGCCCUUCACCCCAAGGAAGCUCUCCACUAUGAAGGAUGAGACUUCUCCGGCCUGGACAGAGUCGAGCAUGAAUACAUGACCCAGCAUGAGUAAAAUCAUCAGGAAUUCCUCUGAGCCAGAAGCCACAGCACAGCCGCACUUGGGAGGAAGUUGAAGGCCAACCUUAGAAUGGAAGGACUCAUGGGUCUGGAAACAUUGUGGGAGGGGGAGAGAGGGAGCAGGUGGUGUGUGAGCCCUUUGAUCUGCUUGCUCGCUCAGCAGUGAAUGCACCCUGCCAGACACUCUUUCUACAGUCAUUGUUUAUGAUUUUGCAUUCUGUAUGUUGGGUGCUAACAAGGUUUUACCAUUGAAGUCUGAGGAAGGAGAUCAAGAGAGACCAGCUAGGGCCCUUCUAACUAAAUCCAGCUGACUUUGCUCAUAAAGAUAGAAAUGAUAAAAAAUAAAAAAAAAAAACAAUGACUUUAAAACAACUAAAAUACAGCAUUUAAAAAAAUUAGCAAUUUUCACAUUACCCCAGAUUUACUGUUGUCCAAAAAAAUGUAAAGCAAGGUACUUAAGAAACCAACAUAAAGAUUAUUAUUGGGGGUUGGGCAGUGGCAUACUGGGUUAAGAGUACAAAGCUCAAGGACCUGCACAAGGAUCCCAGUUUGAGCCCCUUGCAAGUGGGAAGCUUCACAAACAGUGAAGCAGGUCUGUCGGUGUCUGUCUUUCUUUCUCUCCCCAUUUCUGUCUCACCGUCCUCUCAAUUUCUCUCUGUCCUAUCCAAUAAAGUGAAACUACGGCC